UCAUUUAAUUUUCUACCAUCUGUUGUUAUGAUCGUGAAACACAACUUUCAGUGUUUAUUUACUUUGAAAAUAACUAUAAAAUAAAUUUUACAAAUUGAUUACAAGUUUAAAAAAAAAACAAAUUAAAAUAUAAGUACAUGUGCAUUACACACGAAAAAGCACAAGGAAUAAAUUUUAUGUAUAAAGUUUGAUGAUAGGUCAUUUUUGACAUAUAAGAAAAAAUGGCUUCUAAACAAAACACAAGUAUUGAUGCAAGAAAUGAAUUAGCUGAACUUGUAAAAAGAAAAGCUGAAAUUGCUGAAACGUUAGCGAAUUUAGAGCGCCAAAUAUAUGCAUUUGAAGGCUCAUAUUUAGAAGAUACUCAAUUAUAUGGAAAUAUAAUACGUGGUUGGGAUCGAUAUUUAGCCAGUAAUAAAAAUACAAAUUCGAAAACCGAUAAACGAAACAGAAAAUUCAAAGAAGCAGAAAGAUUAUUCUCAAAAUCUUCGAUUACGUCCAUGGCUGCUGUGAGUGGAUUAGUCGACCAAUCACAAGAAAAAAAUGAUCAUAACAGCGAAACUGAAUCACAAACAAAUGAAGAUAGUUCAGAUACAAAUUUACCAAACGCUGUAAAUGCAUCAAACUCUACAACAGGCGUUAAUACAAAUAACAAUCAUGACAGUAUAACAAAUAACGCAAAAUCAACCGGGAAACAUUCGACAAAUAACACAUCAUCUACACCAGGAGCCCUACAUUAUAAUAUGGCGAAUGGGUUAAGUGAUAGCAGUGCAGUUAGUCCAAAAGAUGGGUUUAACUCAAGUGGUAAAGAGUUAAAUUCAUCUGCAAAACAUAAAUCAGCCAAUACAAGUGGCAUUGGAAAUUCAGUGACGACUGGUAAUAGUGCAAAAAAAGGGAAUAAUAAAAAAGCUCGACAUAGAUGAAAUUAAAAUUUUAAAAUGUUUCAAUUAAGUUUUAUGGGUAGUUUUGUCUUUUAAGACUGUAUAAUGUACUUUAUUUAAAAAAUUUUUAUUUCAACGUACUUUAAAAUACUAAUCGA